AUGCUCCCCAGGAUCGCUCUUACAGCUGGCUUUGCCGCUGCAGCCGUCUCUGCCGGCGACAUCUCGGCCCGGUUCGCCGACAGCUACACCUUCUUCCAAGGCGACGGAUCAGCAACAGCCGGCUGGCCAUCCGAAGCAGCCUGGGGCACCUACCAGCAACUAUUUGACGCCAACAAGGGCCUCAUGGAAAAGUCGUGCGGCUUCAACGGCUGGGGCGCGGACAACUCGCCGGCCGAGAUUGCAUCCAUCGACUCGGCUAUCCGUCAGGUCGCACAGGAAUCGGGCGUUGAUAACCGAGCCAUCCUGGCAGUAGUGAUGCAGGAGAGUAAGGGCUGCGUGCGCGUGCCGACGACGGACAAUGGCGUCAGGAACCCCGGUCUGAUGCAGUCGCACAAUGGACAGGGCAGCUGCGCCGGCGUCAACCCGUGUCCUCCAGCGCAGAUUUUACAGAUGAUUCGCGACGGUGUCACGGGUACGCCGUUUGGUCCGGGCAUCCAGGGCACCAUUGCGCAGGCCAAGACGCUGACGGGCGACUCCGGAGCGCGGGCCGUGUAUACCGGCGCUCGCAUCUACAAUAGCGGCUCGGCGACGGUGACCAACUUGGAUGAUGGCCGGGGCAGCACCGUGUGCUAUGCGGCCGAUAUUGCAAACCGCCUUACCGGCUGGACGCUGUCUCCUUCUGCCUGUCACUAG